CCAUUGCUACAAUAGAAUUUCGUGAACCUUCGAGAUCGACGAAUAUUGCGUAAAUCUAAACAAAUGUUUCCUUUAAAAACUUGUUUAUGAUCGUGCAUCUCCCGUCACACAUUUUUCUCGACCUGCAGGGAUUUCAGUCAACGGCUUAUCCAUUAUAAUACUUCGCCAUGUUUGGACCAUCUCUUUUUGGAGGAUUUGACGAUCCAUUUUUCAGUGAAAUGCAGGAGACACAUCGUCGGCACAUGUCAUCGAUGCAGAGUAUGUUCUCCCACCCUUUCAUGCAGCCAUCCAUAGAAGGCAGAGGUGCAAUGAGAUCCCGUCAACCAUCAAGGAAUCCUGCAAAUGAUCCAAUGGCAAUGUCUCCCUUUGGUAUGAUGGGAAUGAAUUCCAUGUUUGCAGAUAUGAACUCCAUGAUGGGAAAUAUGCAGAGGCAUAUGGAAAGAGUAGCCAACGAUCCCAAUUCUCACUGCUUCUCGUCAUCAUCUGUGAUGAGUUAUUCUAACACCGGAGAUGGUGCACCACAAUACUACCAGGCUUCUUCGUCCACCAGACAAGCACCUGGAGGGAUUCGUGAAACAAGGAAAACAGUAAGGGAUUCAAGGGUAGGCAUUGAUAAAAUGGCAAUCGGCCAUCACAUUGGUGAUAGAGGUCAUGUGAUUGAGAAAUCAAGGAAUUCUAGAACAGGAGACCAGGAAGAGAAGCAAGACUUCUUGAAUAUCGAUGAAAGUGAUGCACAUGCAUUUGAUAAUGAAUGGAAGCAGAGGACAGGCGGUCAUCGUGGAGGUGGACGUUCUGUAGGGGCUAGCAGGCCAACCAUGUCCGCUAUCACAGAUGGCAGAGAGUACAGGCACGAUAGAGAGCAGAGGCCCGUGAGACACCAUCAAGACAACCAGCAAUCUGUCCGAUUCGAUCGUUCUGAGAAGACCUCUGACGACGCCCAUCCUUACCACCGCCGCCCCACCCCUGCCAGACCCAAGGGACCAGGCCAAGGUGGGAGGCAGAGAAACCAAAGGGACCUGUAGAAAUAUUCAGUAUUGUAGAAUGUGAAGAAAUAUAUAUAUAUCACCUUUGUAAUAUACUGUCCUUAGAGAAACAAGCAAAUGAAACAGAAAAGAAAGAAAUUUCCUUUGUAAUAUAAUGUCCUUAGAAAACAUGCAAAAUAAUAAUGAU